UAAGAUUCGUCCCUUUCGAGAAUUCUGGAAUUCUAUGUUUAACAUAUUAGCAUACAUUUUAAUAUAUGUUAAUACAUCUAUAUGAUAUAGUCAUAAAAUAUUUCUCAGCAUCUUAACAUGACCCCACUAACAUAUUUAUAUAUAACGCUCUUCACAGUUUCUUUUCUCCUCAGCAAAAUCAACAAGCUCAUUGUGAAGAGCAAUCAUACACAAACAACAACAAAAAACUACAAAAUUCUAGUUCGUAAACAAUCAUCAUCACAAUGUCUGGUGUGUGGGUGUUCAACAAGAACGGAGUGAUGAGGCUGGUUGAGAAUCCUUACAACCAAUCCGCCGGAGAUUCCUCGGAGUCUUCCUCCUCCAGUGGCAACCAGCAGCAGAGGCUGAGAAGGAAGAUCCUUGUCCAUCUUCCGACCAAUGAGGUUGUCUCUUCGUACGGAUCACUUGAGAGGAUCUUGAAGGGUCUUGGAUGGGAAAGGUACUACAAUGAAGACAACUUCGAUCAUCUCCUCCAGUUCCAUAAGAGAACAUCGAUAGAUCUCAUCUCACUCCCCCGCGACUUCUCAAAGUUUAACUCCAUCCAUAUGUAUGAUAUCGUCGUCAAGAACCCUAACGUCUUCCAUGUCCGGGACAUGUAGUAGUCCAUCAUCAAAACUAAAACCGAGGACAAUUUGAUUCUUCAAAAUCAUUCUCUCUCACAUCUAUUAUGUAUAUAGUUGCAUGUUUGCGUUACUUUAUUUUCUGUUGGGGGGGGGGGGGGGGGGGGGGGGGGGUUGUUUUAUAUUUAUGUGUGUUUGUUUACGUUGGUCGAUUUUGGGUGGUCUAAGCUAAACUCAUUUUAAUAACUUGUAUCAUUUUGUGGUUUUGGUGAACUUUGUAUCAAGAUCUCUCAAAGAUGAAAUAGUAAAGAUGUUAUAUUUGAUUUAGUGAA